GGGAGUCAAGGACACCGGGACCAGAUCAGCAACCAUGUUGCCCGGGUGACCGGGUCAGAAACGACCAAAUGACCGGUCGGUCCGUCCGUCCAUUCACGCGGCUUAAGAAGGGCAUCCAUGGCGACCUUGACGAUUCAGUAGCAUUAGGCCAUUAGCAUCGCAAGCUGCCCCCUCUCCGUCUCCGGUGCGAUCGAUGGCGACGAGAGCUCGGCCGCCAUUGGUGCUAUUGCUGUGUCUCUGCUUGGCUUCUUGCUUGAGCUCGGCCAUUGGUGGCGUUUCAGCUGCCGGCAAUGGCUACCGGACCACGGCAUUCCUGGUGGAUGAGGAAGGGAGGCGGCUCAGAGCCGAGCUCGCCGCAGUCGCCGGCGCCGGCGGCGGGUCCACGGCGGCGUACGGCGACGACGUGCAGAGGCUAGACGUGUAUGCCAGCCUGGAGACGGACAGCCGGCUGCACGUUCGCAUCGCCGACGCCGACGGCCCGCGAUGGGAGGUGCCCCAGGACGUCAUCCCGCGCCCCUCGCCGGAGUUCUUCCUCCAGACGUCGCGUCCGGGCCGGCCCGUCCUCUCCACGGCGACCUCCGACCUCACCUUCGCCAUCCACGCCUCCUCCCCGUUCCGCUUCGCCGUCUCCCGCCGCUCCACUGGCGACGUCCUCUUCGACACCUCCCCCAACCUCGUCUUCAAGGAUCGCUACCUCGAGCUCACCUCCUCGCUGCCGCCGCCCGGCCGCGCGUCGCUGUACGGCCUCGGCGAGCAGACCAAGCGCACGUUCCGGCUCCAGCGGAAUGACACCUUCACGCUCUGGAACUCCGACAUCGCCGCCGGCAACGUCGACCUCAACCUCUACGGCUCCCACCCCUUCUACAUGGACGUCCGGUCAGGCGGCGGCGGCGCGGCGCACGGCGUGCUCCUCCUUAACAGCAACGGCAUGGACGUCAUCUAUGGUGGAUCGUACGUCACCUACAAGGUGAUCGGCGGCGUGCUGGAUUUCUACUUCUUCGCCGGCCCGUCCCCUCUCGCCGUCGUCGACCAGUACACCCAGCUCAUCGGCCGCCCUGCCCCCAUGCCGUACUGGUCAUUCGGGUUCCACCAGUGCAGGUGGGGGUACAAGAACGUGUCUGACCUGGAGGGCGUGGUCGCCGGCUAUGCCAAGGCGAGGAUCCCGCUGGACGUGAUGUGGACGGACAUCGACUACAUGGACGCCUUCAAGGACUUCACGCUUGAUCCGGCGAACUUCCCGGCCGACCUGCUCCGGCCGUUCGUCGACCGCCUCCACCGCAACGGCCAGAAGUACGUCGUCAUCAUUGACCCAGGGAUCAGUGUGAACGCGACGUACGGGACGUUCAUCCGAGCGAUCAAGGAGGACAUCUUCUUGAAGUGGAACGGGAGUAACUACCUCGGUGUGGUGUGGCCGGGGAACGUCUCCUUCCCGGACUUCCUCAACCCGCGCGCCGCCGAGUUCUGGGCGCGCGAGAUCGCCGCGUUCCGGCGGACCCUCCCCGUCGACGGGCUGUGGAUCGACAUGAACGAGAUCUCCAACUUCGUCGACCCGCCGCCGCUCAACGCGCUCGACGACCCGCCGUACCGCAUCGACAACUCCGGCGUGCGCCGCCCCAUCAACAACAAGACGGUGCCGGCCUCCGCCGUGCACUACGGCGGCGUGGCCGAGUACGACGCGCACAACCUCUUCGGCUUCCUCGAGGCGCGGGCCACGCACGACGCGCUGCUCCGUGACACCGGCCGCCGCCCGUUCGUGCUCAGCCGCUCCACGUUCGUCGGCUCCGGCAGGUACACCGCGCACUGGACCGGCGACAACUUCGCGACGUGGGACGACCUCCGCUACUCCAUCAACACUAUGCUUAGCUUCGGCCUCUUCGGCAUCCCCAUGAUCGGUGCCGACAUCUGCGGCUUCGGCGGAAACACCACCGAGGAGCUCUGCAGCCGAUGGAUUCAGCUUGGCGCGUUCUACCCGUUCUCGAGGGACCACUCGGCGAUCGGCACCGUCCGGCGAGAGCUGUACCUGUGGGAAUCGGUGGCGAGGUCGGCGAGGAAGGCGCUCGGCCUGCGCUACCGGCUGCUCCCCUACUUGUACACGCUCAUGUACGAGGCGCACACCACGGGCGCGCCCAUCGCGCGGCCGCUCUUCUUCUCCUACCCCGGCGACGUCGCGACGUACGGCAUCGACAGGCAGUUCCUGCUCGGCCGCGGCGUGCUCGUGUCACCGGUGCUCGAGCCGGGCGCGACCACCGUCACCGCCUACUUCCCGGCGGGACGGUGGUUCAGCCUCUACGACUUCUCCCUCGCCGUCGCCACGAAGACCGGCAAGCGCGUGACGCUGCCCGCGCCGGCGGACACGGUGAACGUGCACGUCGCCGGCGGGAACAUCCUGACGCUGCAGCAGCCCGCGCUGACGUCGUCGCGCGUGCGCCAGAGCGUGGUCCACCUCCUGGUCGCCCUCGCCGAGGACGGCACGGCCACCGGGGAUCUCUUCUUGGACGACGGCGAGUCGCCGGAGAUGGUCGGGGCGCGGAGCAGGUGGAGCCAGAUCAAAUUCAGCGGCGCGACCGAGAGCGGCGGCAGCGUCGUCAGAGUGAGGUCGCACGUGGUGCACGACUCGUACGCGCCGAGCCGGACGAUGGUCAUCGCCAAGGUGGUGCUCAUGGGGCUUCGAUCGCCGGUGCCGCCCAAGGGGUUCGCCGUUUAUGCCAACGGCGUCCAGGUGAACGCGAGCACGGCGGUCGACGGCGGCGGCGGCGGGAACCCGGAGAAGGGAGCGCUGGGCGUGGCGCACGUCGGCGGGCUGUCGCUGGUCGUCGGGCAGGAGUUCGAUCUCAAGGUCGUUAUGACCUAUUAAUUAAGCCAAAUAGAAUUCGAGCAUCAUCUGAAACAAAAACCCGACGAAAUUGAGCUGAAUAAAUUGGCCUAAAUUUGAAUUGUCUAUUUCUUCUUUUCUUUUUCCUUUUCUCAACUUAUGUUUGUGUUGUUUAUUCCGAAGCUGUACAAAUAUAUAUUGCAGACCUUUGGAAUACUGAACAUCACAAACAUAGAUUGAAACUGUCCUUUUGCUUCUAAACGGAAAGGAAAUAGCUCCUCAGAGCAUGAAAGUGAAACCAAUAA